AUGAAUAGCCAGCCGCUGCACGGCAGUGGCUUCGACCGCGACCGUGACCUCGACGAACGUCAUCGCGCCCACCACCAGGAUGAUAUUGCGAGACGCGAGAAAGAGCGUGAGCGUGACCGCGACCGUGACCGAGAUGACGUUGAUCGCCAGCAUCGCGACCCAUAUCCACCUGCCGCCUCGAGCGCGGCCCCUGCACCCCACCAUAGCACCGCCGGGUCGCUACCUAUUCACCAACCCGUCGCAUCUCGGAUCGCAAACUCCAUUACCGGCCCCGGCGGCCUGUUAGCAAACCACGGGAGCUCUGCCCCAUCGUUGCCCAUCAGCGGCCCUUCUGCGCCGGCUCCCGGCUUCGGCGGCUCGCUCCACGGCGACACCAAUCGGCCUCCCCAACAAGGCGGUCCGCCACCCAACGGAAGUGCUCAACACCAGGUCUUUGUCGCGCCCGGGUCUCACGGCCCAAGUGGAUCUAACGGCCCCAACAGCUCCCUUGGGCCGGCUGGCGCCGGUGCCAUCUUCGGCGGUCCGCUCCAGCCCGAGAAUGGCCGGGGCGCGCCCCAGGACGGUGCCCGAGCCAUGCAGCAAUUGCCGUUUGGCUCUGGUAUGGGCCCCGGGCACGCCAUCCCUCAAGGGUCUACCGGGAUGCCCCAGGGGCAGCAGCCGAUUCUCAACGUAGGCUUGGCCCAAGCCUGUUUGCGCUCAUCGUCGUUCAGCACUGACUCGCCGCCGCAGGAUGCGCUGAGCUAUCUUGACCAGGUCAAAGUCCAGUUCCACGAGCAGCCAGAUGUUUAUAACAAGUUCCUCGACAUAAUGAAGGAUUUCAAGAGUCAAACCAUCGAUACGCCGGGAGUAAUCAGCAGGGUUUCCGACCUCUUUGCCGGCCACCCUAACCUCAUUCAAGGAUUCAACACGUUCCUCCCGCCUGGAUAUCGCAUCGAGUGCGGCCUCGAAAACAACCCAAAUAGCAUUCGCGUCACGACCCCAUCCGGCUCCAUGAUCCAUUCGAUCGGUUCAGGGCGGUUGACACAGCACGAGCCGGCGCAGUCCGCGGGCGCGCCGCCACAGAACUUCCUGAACCCCCGUACAGGCUGGCAGCCGCCUUUACCUCACGGCGGGGAGAGCCCUGAAACCACUUUUAGCGUACCGGCGCAGAACGGUUCUUUCCCUGGGUCAGCCCACGGGCAGGCGGCUCCGUUUGACGGCACCAGCCCGAUUCAACAAAGGUCGGCACCUGCCAACUCAAACGGCACUCCUUUGAACCACGGCCCCGGCCCGCGCAACACACAAACCCCGACUCCCGGUGCUGGCCCUGCCAGCGCAAACGGUAGCACAGCCCAGCAAGGUGGUCUGGAGAAGCGCGGCCCCGUCGAAUUCAACCAUGCUAUAAGCUAUGUCAAUAAAAUCAAGAAUCGUUUUCAGGAUAAACCCGAGAUAUACAAGCAGUUCUUGGAAAUUCUCCAGACAUACCAACGCGAGCAAAAGCCGAUUCAGGACGUGUACUCUCAAGUCACCAGCCUUUUCCAUACCGCGCCCGACCUCCUCGAAGAUUUCAAGCAAUUUUUGCCCGAGUCCGCCGCGCACGCUCGAGCUGCCGGCCAGCGUGCCGAAGAGAGCCUGGCCAUGGCGGUAUCAACACCGACCCCGCAGCCCGGGAAUGCCGCCCGCGAUGGUCCAAAGAUGCCCCCCGUUGGCAACUUUGCUCCGCCCGCCAGCGCAAGCAAAGAGGGCAAGAAACGCAGGCCCGAGAAGGCCGCGCCCCUUGGCGCCACCGGCUCCGAUCAAGCACCUACCUCGGGGAUGCGAGGCACCCUUCCUGCAACGGCACUCGGUCACAAGCGCGCGAAGCUUUCCCACAAGCCGAAUGCCGCCGAGACGGCCUUCAUCGAGCCGACAUUAACGCCUCUCAUGCCCGAACCGCUGGCACCGACAUCUCUCGCGUCGUCGACGCAGGACGACUUGGCCUUUUUCGACAAAGUGAAGAAGCACAUCGGCAACCGGACAGCAUUUACCGAGUUCCUCAAGCUCCUGAACCUCUGGACCCAGGAUUUGAUCACGACUGAUGUUUUGAUCUUCAAGGCAAACGAGUUCCUGGGCGGCAACCCCGAGCUUCUCAACGGUCUGAAGGCCAUGAUGCGGCAGGUCCUUGCGGAUGAGGCGAUUGGGAACCGUCCGGAGCCUCCUACGGGCCGAGUGUCGCUGAGCAACUGUCGCGGAUUUGGACCUAGCUACCGUUUGCUGCCCAAGAGGGAGCGCCUCAAGCCCUGUUCCGGGCGCGACGAGCUUUGCCAGUCGGUUCUGAACGACGAGUGGGCGUCGCAUCCCACUUGGGCUUCGGAGGAUUCUGGUUUUGUCGCGCAUCGCAAGAACGCUUACGAGGAAAGUCUCCACCGUAUCGAGGAGGAGCGCCACGAUUAUGAUUUCUUCAUCGAGGCCAACCAGAAGUGCAUCCAACUCCUAGAGCCGAUCGCUCAGCAGAUGCUUUCGCUCCCCCCCGCGGACCGGCCCAACUUCAAGAUGCCUGCAGGCCUUGGCGGCCAGAGCACCUCGAUCUACAAAAGGGUGCUGAAGAAAAUCUAUGGUCCUGAGAAGGGUUGUGAUGUGGCCAACGACUUGUUCAAACACCCCUUCACGGUCGUCCCGGUUGUUAUGGCCCGCCUUAAGCAGAAGGAUGAGGAGUGGCGGUUCACCCAGCGUGAGUGGGAGAAGGUCUGGCAGAGCCAGACUGAGGUUAUGCACCUCAAGAGUCUAGAUCACAUGGGGAUUCAAGUGAAGAGCAACGAUAAGCGCAGCCUUUCAGCGAAGCACCUUGUUGAUCUCGUCAAGACAAAGUAUGAGGAGCAACGCCGUAUUCGCGUCGCUAGGGGCAAGACGCCUCGCUACCAGUUCUCCUACACCUUCGAUGACGAGGAUCUUGUCUUGGACCUACUCCGCAUUAUGGUCGUCUUCGCCAACGUCGGCGGUCAGCAUAAUGCGCAAGAGCGCCGGCGUAUCUCGGAGUUUUUCGAAACCUUUAUUCCUCAAUUCUUUGACAUACCUGAGGACAAGGUUUCCGAGAGACUUGCCGAUAUUGAUCAAGACUCGGCGGAGGAGGAUGAGGACGACGCAGCCCCCAUGGAACUCACCAACGGCCGCAGCCGCCGCAAUGGCAAGAAGUCGGAUCUCCUCCGCGGCGUCUUGGAUCCUGGCCGCAAUGGCAGCCGAAGCCGUGGCCAAAAGGAGGAGAGCGCCGCUUCGGGCAGCAAAGAGACCACGCCCGACGUGGGAUCGGCUAACGAGGAGGAGAUGCCGGACGCACCUGAGGACUCGUCGGUCCCUGAGGUCUCGAACGGUCGCUGGUUGCCUACCGUCCCUGGCCCUAUCAUCGUGGAGAAGAGCAAGGGCGGCAGGGGGUCUGAUCUGGUUGAUGUCGACGGGGAGCUCAAGGCGGAUGCGCCGUUCCCGAGGACCUGGUACAAUUUCUACUGCAACCAGAACAUCUUCGUCUUCUUCACCCUCUUCCAGACACUCUACAAGCGCCUCCAGGAUGUCAAGCUCAGCAAGCACAGCGUGGUGGAGGAGAUCCGACGCGAGAACGCCGAAAAGCCAGCCAAGAUCUUGGGCCUCGUCCACGAGGGCCUGCGCUACUUUGAUGGCGAGGAUCCUGCGACAUUCUGGCCCAAGACUCGGGAGCUGAUUGAGGAUUUCAUCACGGGCGAGAUUGACGAGAACCGGUUCCAGGAGGUCAUGCGGCACUACUAUCUCCGCCGAGGAUGGAAGCUUUACACCAUGCAGGAACUGCUCAAAACCCUGUGCCGAAUUGGGCUGAGCUGCAACAACCCAGAUGCCAAGGGUGAGAAGACUAAGGAGCUGGUCAAGGCAUAUCUGGACAGCCGUCUGCAGACGGAGACGAGCUUCCAGAACGAGAUCAGCAUGCGGAAGUUUGCCGAGAAGUGCAUCAAGGAUGGCGAGAUGUUUGUUGUUGCUUGGUAUCCCGGCAAGAAAGAGUCCACCGUGCGUUGGCUGCAAAAAGACGAGACCACGUUCUACAUGGAUGAGAUGGAGCGCAUUCAGCAGUGGCAGUAUUACAUCUCCUCGUAUAUGCGCAUCGAGCAUACGGAGGGUGUGAUGCGGUCACGGCUGCAGAAGGUUCUUCUAGAGCGCAACCUGCCGUCUGACGUGGCGACCAAGGACCCGUCCGAGGACAACUUCAUGACCAAGCCGCUCGUCAUCCACGAAGCUCUGGUAGUUAGAAUCUGCCUGAACUCGUCCAAGAUGGUCUUCGAGAAAGGCACUUCCGACUUCUUCAUCUACAACACCACCGCGGGCGCCUCUCGUACUCAGGCCUCUUCCGGCAACGGCGGCGAGAAUGAGAAUGACAACGAACCUGCUGCGUCCGCUGUCGCCGCCGCUGCUGCUAACGACGAGGACCGCGAGAUGGAGGCUGAUAAGGAGGCAUUCCGGCGUGAAAUUCGCGCCGAGAAGCUCAAGGAGAAGAUGGUGACCAACAACGCCUGGAUGAAGGGUCUCAGCCACGAGGACGUACAAAAGGCAAACAAUGACUUCCAGAUGUGGAAAGAGACCGAGGCGGCCAUUGAACAGGAUGAUUCUGCGGAUGUGACGAUGGAGGGGUAG